AAGCAAAGUUUGACAUGGACCAGGCAUUGGAGGCUCUAGCCUGGAUAGAGGCAGUGACAGGGAGACCCCUGUUGGAGAAUGGGAUGUCUUACAAGGACCAGUUUGAGGUGAUGCAGGUGUUGAAAGAUGGAGAGGCAUUAUGCGAGCUGGUAAAUGCAAUUGCACCAGGAAUUGUCAAGAAAAUCAACAGGAGUAAGCUGGCAUUCAAACAGAUGGAAAAUAUAGAACUAUUCCUCACAGCUUGCAAACAGCUUGGUAUGAAGGAUGUAGAUGUUUUUCAAACACAAGAUUUAUAUGAGGGCAAAAACAUGUAUAUUGUAAUAAACUGCAUUCACAUAUUAGGAUCAUUGGCACAGAAGCAUGAUUUCCAGGGUCCAGUCAUUGGAGUAAAAUUAGCAGAUAUGAAUAAGAGAAACUUUGGGGAAGAAAAAUUAAAAGCUGGACAACAUGUUAUUGGACUGCAAAUGGGAACAAACAAAGGAGCUUCCCAAGCUGGGAUGACAGCAUAUGGGAUGACAAGGCACAUGUGACACUAGAAAUGUAGGGCAAAAAAUAUAUAUACUGAGACAGUGCAUUUUGUGACUGGGACAGGUCAUUUUGUAAGGAGUUGCAUGCCUGUUUUAGCUGUAGGACUGAAGACCAAGGGGAGCAGAGGAGAAAAUAUUAGAUUUAUUUCAAUGGAUAUUUAUAUUUUAUUGUAGUGAAUGCAACUGUUACCUCAAACAGGGUGCUUCAGGAUAGAGAGUUUUUUAUUUAGCAUCUUUAAGUUGCAAACACAGGUGUGCAUUUUACUCAACACCUGAGCAUUUUUAUUAAGAAAAUAAAUUUGAAAGAUGAGGCUGAAGCAGAAGGGCAAUAUGUUAGUUGACCAUGCACAGCUGUCAAGGUACGGCCUUGUCCUCUGGUAUAAAUGCAGACAAGUCAUGAAUACAGAAGUGAGUUGACUCUUUACUUAUACUCACAUAUGCUCUUCUACUUAAAGCAGUCAGUAGUUUUUGAUUGCAUAUAUUGCUCUUAUUCAUGUUUUACACAGUAUCAGUGGUCACAAUAUUACUUGGAUUCCUUAGUCAAGCAUAAAGCUUUCAUGUAAUUCACGUAAUAUAAAAAUAACUUUUUUUCAUGACCAGUUUCCAUUAAGAGGUUAAAGCUGGUGCAUAAAGGGCUAAGUCAAGUUAUUAGUAGAACAAGGUCACAUGCAGUUAUUAUUAUCCUCAUUGUUAUUUGAUAACAACAACAAUUAACACCAUAUUUUAGUAAUGUGUUUUCUGCUACUAAGCCAAACAUGUUGCUAAGGAUUUCACCUUCUAUAAAUGAACCAUGAAUUGGUAACUUUUAAUUUAAUUUAGUUAAGAUCUGUAUUGCCUUUUAGACUUAAGCAUUUACCAUUUACAUAUUGUAAAGAAAAAUAUUUAUUAGUAGUUUGAGUUAACAUCUCUCAUAAAGAAUAGUGCAUGUUAUUGUUAUUAAUGUAACUGAAGAUUAUUACAUUUUAAGUCUUACCCCAAACUACUGUUGUAAUUAAAAACUUGCAAGUAUUGUUGUAGCAGGUUAAGUUGCAUUGCUCUCAAUUAUGCUAAGAUACAGUAUAAAAUGGUGAACAAAUGAAUUUUUUUGUAUUAGUACAAAGUGACAGCAUUUGAACAUAAAAAAGCCUUCUAUAUUUGAAAGUGAAAUCCCAGGUUUUUACAGUCAUAGAAAACAUUUAUGAUAUUAUCAUCCAGCAUCAUUCCAGUAUUAUUUUAUUGAUCAUUCAUUUUUACAAACUGUAGCAUAUAACGAAGUUUUGUGUUUUGUUGUAUUGAUCAUAGAGAAAUGUAGUUGCAUGAUAAUCACUUUAUAGAUUUCAUCAUGAAUUUGUAGAUUAAAAAAAAUUAAAAACUAGGUUGGUUGAAAUCCGAUUUAGGUCUUGCAGGUUUAAAAAAUGUUCUAGUCCAAAAUCUUGUUUUUCUGGUUAUCAUAUGUAAAUCAAAGAGAAGGAAAACAUUUUUGACCUGCUUCCUCCAGGAUCAGAAAUCGACACUAAUUCGAUUUUAAUACUUAUGUUCAUAGGUGCAUUGAUAAGUAUUCUUUGACUUUCGUAGUCAACUCAAAACAUAAAAAUGUUAUAGGUGAGAUUCACUUGAACAUGUUGCUCAUAUCUUGUUCCCAAUUUGAUUAUUUUCAUAAGGAUUGUAUAUGCAAACAUAUCACUGCCAGACUUAACUGGCAUACUCUCCAUAACAGUAUUGCACUCAGAUCUUCAUUCACUUGCAGUUCAAAUAAAGGACAGGGUAAUAUCA